UUUUUACUGUUUUCUACAUUGUAGAAUAAUAGUGAAGACAUCAAAACUAUGAAAUAACACAUAUGGAAUCAUAUAGUAACCAAAUAGUAACAGUGUUAAACAAAUUAAAAUAUAUUUUUAUUCUUCAAAGUAGCCACCCUUUGCCUUGAUGACAGCUUUGCACACUCUUGGCAUUCUCUCAACCAGCUUCACCUGGAAUGCUUUUCCAACCUAUGCUGUGCACUUGUAUGUAGCUCAUUUAUUUACAUUCCAAAUAUACUAUUGCAUUCUUAUACACCCCCAUUGUAUAAUAAUUUGAUCACUUAAAUUGAUUGUCUAGACUGGUCGGCAUUGGUUUCUUGUGUGAUCGCAUCCAGUUUUAAAGGUAACUCAAAGUUUCUGUUUACAGAGUAGAUAGACAUUGCUUAGCCAAUCAGCUGCUGUUCUGAGUCUUUUCUUCUAAAAUGGCUCAAUGCAGGAAGUUAUUCUGAAACCACAAAAUACUGCUUCCUCUUUAUAAAACAGUUCUAAAGAGAGCCAUAAAGAUGUUUCUGUUACAGCGUGUGACACUUUGACUGACUGCUCAACCCGUCCUUGUCUUUGUUUGGUAGGUCUACACGUCUCCAUACUGGUGGAAUGGAGCGUCUUCCUCUGCUGCUACUGCUGUGCUUACAUGCAUUCUGGCCAUGCUGCCAGCCACUGAAACAAGCAUCUCUGCGGUUCGUUGGGCUAGGGGACUGGGGAGGCAUUCCGUUAACCCCCUACUACACCCCUCACGAGCAGGCCAUCGCUAAAGAGCUCUCCUGGACAGCACAAAGUCUGGGGCUGGACUUUGUCCUCAGUCUGGGAGAUCAUUUCUACUACAGCGGAGUGGAGGAUGUAAAUGACCGCCGCUUCAAGUGUACCUUUGAGGACGUCUUCUCUCAACCCUCGCUGGUUGACGUCCCUUGGUACUUGGUGGCGGGGAACCAUGACCACAUUAACAACGUUUCUGCUCAGAUCGCUUACUCGAGCAGAUCGAAGAGAUGGAGGUUCCCCGAGUUGUACUAUGAGCUGCAGUUCAAAGUUCCUCAGAGUAACGUGUCGGUGACCGUCCUGAUGGUUGACACAGUGGUGCUAUGUGGGAACACCUAUGGGGGGACCCAGCCCAAAGGAGAGGAAAACCUGGGGGCUUCUGCCAAGCAGUUAGACUGGAUCAACUCCAGACUGGCAAACAGCAAGUCAGAGUUCAUUGUGGUGGCUGGUCACUAUCCUGUGUGGUCCAUUGGUCAUCAUGGCCCUACAAAGUGUCUUCUGGGUAGACUACGGCCUCUGCUGAAGAAGUAUAAUGUCACAGUCUACCUGAGUGGCCACGACCACAGCAUACAGUUUAUCAGAGAGGAUGAUGGGAGUUCCUAUGUGGUCAGCGGGAGCGGGAACUUUGUAGACACGUCCACCAAAAACAUCGAGACCUUCCCGUCGUCAUGGCAACGGUUCUCCAACGCUGUCAACCGUACGUCCGGAGGAUUCGCUUACUUUGUAGUCACAGAGAACAGUAUGACUAUCAGCUACAUUCAGACCGAUGGGAAAUGUGUUUACCAAACAGCAUUGGCAAAACGCAAGGUCUGACACACACACACACACAGAGGCAUCACCACAUAGUCAACAAUGAGCUGUUGUAGGCCUAAUAUGCUGUCUGUUUACCACCUCUUGCACUCUGACAUUGUUGUCCAAACAAGGCAUCAUAUUGUAUAGUACCUUCAUAAAGUACAUUUCAGUUUCAGAA